UUCAGUCGUCGUGCGGCAGAGGAGGACCGAGGAACGCCCGGUCGAAGCACGCUAUUCCUCUCUCGAUCCUCUUCGCGAUACCAACUCUCUCUGUUCCUCCCCUAGUCGGGUCGAAAACGCACGCUCGUUGCCUCCCUUCCGUGGUUGGUGCUCUGUGCGUGCCACAGUGACGAGUGAAAAACGGAUCUGCUACAAACGACGCUCGCCCGACGUCCAGGUUUACAGAAACUGGUAAAAUCACCGGCGACGACGACGAGGACAUCCGGGAGAGAGAAAGGGUCGAAACGCCGGGAGUCGACGUCGCAGUGGUUACGGGGUCUGAUUCGUCGCGUGGACUUUCGGCUGCAUUCAAGUCGAUUUAUAUCAAACACACGGACUUUGCGAAUGCAGAAACGCGAUUUGUUGCCUCUUCUAACGUGCCACGUUACGCGUGCAUGUGGUGAUAUUCUGUACAAGUAAUAAGGCUCGGAACGACAAUGUUCUUAUUUCAUUCGGAGUCUGUGUGGUCAGUAUGAAUCUAUCUUUGGCCGCACAGAUUCAGAAAAGUGUCUCACCGCAUAAAUCCGGUUGACAUCAGGUCAACCGUAGCGUCGCUCAAUCGCGUUCAGAAUCGAAUUCGACAUCGUCCCGGUAUUUGUCCGGCAAACUCGAAUCGGUCUUUCGAACGCAAAUGCCCGUUAAUUCGGCUUGUCGAUUAGACACUUCACCCAGUUACGCGGAUCUCCGAUGUGCUUCUCUCUCGCUCGCUGAAGGUGGACAGUGAGAUAUUCGCGGAAUACCGGUCGCGGUGGUGGGUGUUCUGUUGCCAAUGGUGGUGGUGACGGUUUAAAUUUCAACGCGUGCUCCGGUGCACAUACGUGAGCCAUUACACGGGUCCAUGGGUUUUUUCUCGUCGACCGUCUGGGCAUAGAAAGUCCGCGGUCACGGUUCCGCGGAUGCAAAUUUUCAACUCCUGUAGAUACUCACGCAUUUUCUUUCCAGGCACGCGGGUUGCCGGCGUGCGUGUGAACAUGUAUGUAUGCAUCGACGCUGUCUUUAGAAAAUCCACAAAUGUUUUCAUCAAGUGCUCAAAAAAUGUUUGUCUUCGGUUCAAGUUUAAAAUAUUGCUCGAUAAAGAAAGGAUCCAAAAGUUCUAUUUUUACUUGAAUGAAUAUAGAAAUAGUCUUCUCGAUUAUCGUGCACUCUAAACGUCACACUGAUUAAUUACUUCGCUCUCGCAGAAAGUUCUUGCAAGCUCUUCUAAACGCACUUUAAACGCUGACACAAAAAAUUGGGUACAUAUUCCGACCGAGUUGCGAGCCGGGUCCCACGACUCUCUCGACUCGUGUUCCGCGAUUCAAUGCACGUUCACACAUGUAUGUACGUAUGACAAGGAUAACGGGCAGUCGCGGGGGGCUAUCGCGUGGUUCACGAUGACAGUAAGAAAUUGCCGUUCUUCGACAAGCGUUCGCCGACGCUCGACUCGAAACUUCCUGAAUCGUUUCCAAGCGAAAAAAGUCGUGAAUGAUGCCUCUACGUGAGAAUGGAACAGAACCAAUAUUUAUGUCGCUCAUGAUUUAUGCUCGCAACGAGUCUCGCCGAGAUAUCGCGAGCCCCGCAGAUGACAAUCGUACCUCGUAGGCAUUUUUCGCCUCGGACAAAGGUUGGACGUUGAUCGUCUCCGAAAAUCGGUAUUUCAAUCCCUUUCACAACGAGAGAAUUCUUGCCGUACCCGGCAAAAUGCCCGCCGGCUAUACAACUUGUUCGGGAAAUGGGCACGUUUAUAUUAAACGAGAAGAUUGUUCCCUUUCCCGAAGUUCCCAUUCCCAAAAAGUAAUUUCAGUAUAUCUACCUUCGCCCCUCGAAGAAGCUAGCAAGGCUGUCGCGCCAGGAUAACGGCCCUUUCCAAAGUCCCAAGUAAUAAUAAGCGCAUGGAACCGGAUCGUGAAAGCUUAAAAGUCUCAAUCCUGGUAGAUAGUUGGUAAAAGUUCGAUUAGACGGGACAACGUGAUCGAUUACGCGAACGCGACGAACACUUUCAUAGACUAUCACGUGUCCUCUUCUGCGAAGCUGGGAAGAAGCCGAAGGAGAGUCUAUCUUCUCACCAGACGGGCCAACUACGUGAAACGAACCAGGCCGCAGGAAACGAAGAUCGUACGUGCACGAUGCCCGCCAGAACCGUGUCAAAGAGUAGAACACGGCAAGGAACGUCGUCGACGGACUGUUACCCACGGGAUCAACGUUCAAUUUUACACUUUUAUACGAGACGGGCCGCGGCCAUCGUUUCCGCGUUGUUACGGCCUAACGUCGUCUUCUGAUUCGUGCACGAAAAUAGAAACGAGAACGACACGACUCGGCGGAGGUGUUCGGUGGUGAGUGUUGACUAAAACGCGUGGCAACGAGCGGGAACGGAACGACAAGACGCGAUCGGCUUUACUCUAUCGAAAACGUAGCCGGAAUCGAGCGACUUGUUUAACCCCCGUUAAAACUCAGUGCGCGUGACGAAGGACGCCGUAAAAUGGAUGGGAAAAGUACGUUCCCCGUCCUGACCGAGCCGCGAAUCGCACCCUCGUAAUUCCCGUCACGCGAAACCGAUAUCCCCUUUAAGUGACGAUAUCACCCUAGUCGGUAUUUUCGCGCGCGCAAACUUCUUCCUGUACCCUACGCUCGAGGACAACGAAAGUCGAAGAAUCUUCGCGUGGAGUCAAACUUCAAGUUUCGUGAAGAAAAAAAGAAAACGUCCGAAGAAGGGAGCCUAAUGUUCCUCAACGAUAUGGGGCUGCUAAUGUUCUUAGCAGUAACAGCCUCCCUUUUGGGCUACUGCCAAACGGAUGAAAAAGUGUCGUUCUACGGUGCUAGCUACAUUCAUCUUCCGGUUCAAGAAGCCAAGAGUGCCACUGACAUCAGCUUCCGGUUCCGAACUCAUCUCGCGGAUGCUAUGCUGCUAUUGGCCGCUGGCAAGACGGAUUACUGCCUGAUCAAACUCGAAGCCGGCAGAUUGAAGGUUCACAUAAAUUUGGGAGCGGGUGAAAGCGAAAUGGCAAGCGCUCGUGGUUUGACACUGAACGACCUUAACUGGCACGAGGUGAACCUGACCAGAAGGGAUGCGAACAUGACGUUACAGAUUGACGUGAUACACACGACCAAAUCCCUACUGCCGGGACGGUUCUUCGAACUGAACAUACAUUACGGUGUCUAUAUCGGAGGACAGGGUGACUUCAACGAGCUAUUUCUAGGACACACGGACUACUUACGAGGCUGUAUGGCUGAUAUAAUCUACAACAGUGCUAGGGUAAUAGAAUACGCCAAGUCGAGAAAGGGGCAGUCGGAGGCCACGGCCGUUACUUGGGGCUGUUCACCGGAAUUCGAAGCUACGAGGAGUACGGAAGUCAGUUUCGUGGAGGACGGCGCGUUCACGGCGAUACCCAGACCUAUACCGCGCUCCGGCUCGAGAUGGGAGUUCGAGAUGAAGACUGGCACCGGGACUGGAUUGCUACUCUACAACACCGGGCAAUCGUCGUACGCCGAUUACCUCGGGAUCGAGUUAUUCGAGGGUAAAAUUCGUCUUCUGAUGAACAAAGGGAACGGACCAAGCGAAUUGAUACACGGCACACCGGUGGCGGACGGCAAAUGGCAUCGUGUGGUCGUCGAUUUCAAUCCGAGCGGAAUCGGGAUCGCAGUCGAUCGUCAAGAAAAUACGAUGAACCUACCCUCCGGUGGCAAUCGUUACCUCGAUCUGGCCGACACCCUUUACAUAGGCGGGACCGAGCUGAACAAACGUGCCAGGGCGUUGAACAAGAGUCUCAAGUCAGGCGACGUGAGUUACCGCGGUUGCCUACGAAAUAUGCUGUUGGACAACAAGGAACUCGGGCUGCCAGACGUCAAGAUCAGCCAAGGCAUCGUCGUUGGCUGUGUAUGGGGAUUUCCUUGCAUCGAGACCGAGCCCUGCGUUCCCAAGGCUGCUUGCUCACAGCUCGGCGUCAGCUCGUUCAAGUGCGAUUGCGAUCAAUCUGCUUCCGUAUGCGUGAAACCGAAUCACGAAGAGGUUCACUCAAAAGCAAAUUUGCCUGUGCAAUUGGAAAUACUCUCGGUGAAUUCUCUGCUGGUCUCUGAAGGGGGACACGUACUGGUAACGAGCGAUAACAUUGCCAUGGUGCUAGACAUCGCUAAAUAUGGGAUAGACGAGGAUGGUGUUAUCUUCACUCUGGUAACACCGCCCACGUAUGGAACCCUGGCUCUAAAUCUUUUAACGACCAGAACCGAGCAUUCCUUCACCCUCGAAGACAUUAAUCGAGAUAAGAUACAAUAUAUGCACGACGGCAGCGAAACCACAGAGGACAGCAUGAUCCUGGAAGUGACGCUGGUGGCAGGGGCUGGUUACUCGUUACCGGGUUAUCUCCAAGGACGACUUAGGUUUCCACUUCAAGUCAACGUUACACCCAUUAAUGACCCGCCGUUCCUUGAAAUAUCGACUGCGAAGGUGCUACGUCUAGCACAAGGCACAAGGAAAAUCUUGACGAGAGAAUUAAUCUGGGCGAUCGAUCCCGACACACCGUCAGACAUGUUGGUGUACACAGUCUUACGUACCGACGCUGACGCCGGCUACGUGGAAAGGGUGACUUAUCCGUCGCGACCCAACGACACGUUUACCCAGGCUGAAUUGAUGCAAGGAUUAAUUGCAUAUGUACAUCGCCAAAACGCGAAACCGAAUGCGAAGCUCGAUCUUCGAGUGAGCGACGGUAUUGAAAGCAGUAAACCGGCGAGUCUGAGGGUGGCUGCACAUCCGUUGGAGAUAAAACUGAUGCACAAUACAGGUCUGGUCGUGGUGCAUCGGUCUUACUCAUACUUGACACCGGCGAACCUGUCGUUCACCACCAACUCAGACGACAACACCAUCGAAAUACGUUACGACAUAGUCGCGCAGCCACAUUUCGGGACGAUUCAAAAGCUGAAAGAGUCGAGCAGUUGGACGAACGUCGAUCACUUCACCAGCAGAGACAUCGAAUUAAACACUAUUCGAUAUCUUCACAACGAGGGUAGCCCGAAUCAGGAUGAAUUCAAGUUCCAAGCGAGCGUCAGGGAGGUGAAAGCGCCACACACUUACGACUUUCGGGUCACUUUCAUCGAUCUCGAGUUGAAAGAAGCAAAAAGAAUUCUGGUGAACUUCACUAACAUGACCGAAGUAACCGUAAGCGAACAGAACUUGAGAUACCAGACGAACCCUUUAAUAACCGCUUCCAACAAGAUCGUGUUCACGGUGACGUCAGUGCCAAGGUACGGCAAUCUGUUCUUGUCGAGUCGAAGACUGGAAAUCAGAGACACGUUCACACAGGAGGACGUCGACUCUGGUAAACUGAGGUAUCGACUAUUCAAGAGAGCCUACUCAACGAUUCUGGAUGAGUUUGGUUUCAAAGUCAGUGCGCCUCAGUGUAUCGAUUUGCAUUCGGUCUUGAAGUUCCGGCACUACCUCAGCAAGAACAUGAAACCGAUGGACAGCGUGGAAACGUUGAGAGUAGACGAGGGCUCGAGGAUGCCCGUGAGAGUGGUGAGAAUCAAUCCUGCAGAUUACGGCGUUACUGCGUUGAUGUACAACCUGACGACAGAACCACAUCACGGUUGGUUGACCGUCACGAAUAGCUCGAGAUCUCACUCAAGAAACAAUACGUCCUAUUUCACAUCCGAGGAACUAUUCUCGCAGAGGGUUUAUUACGUCCACGACGAUUCAGAGACGAAGGAAGAUACAUUUCAGUAUGUCGCGAUUGCUUCGGAUGCCGUUGACUUCAUGUAUGUCGGCCUAUUUCGUGUAGAAGUGACCAUGAAGAACGAUAACGCGCCAGAACGAGUGGUUAACAAAGUGUUUCACGUGGUGUCGGAAGGAGAAAGAUUAUUAACAAACAAGGAUCUCGCCUACAUAGACAAGGACAUCGAUACGAAGCCUAGCGAAUUGAUUUAUACCAGAAGGGACAUCCAAAAAAACGGGAUAUACCGUGUUACCGAUCUUUCGACCCAGAUAAACGAGUUCAGCCAACAGGAUAUCGACGAUGGUCAGAUAUUGUUUAAACACCAGGGCGAAGACCAUGGGAAAUUCGAGUUCGGAGUGACCGAUGGACAUUUUUAUACUGCCGGUGUCCUCAAGAUCGAGGCUAGUCCACCUUAUGUGAGGCUGAGAGAGAGUAACGGGACCGUGGUGCAGUUCAAUCGAUCGGUCGCUCUCAAACUCGACGAGUUAGACAUCGAAACCAAUGUAUAUACUUCCAACAAGGAUAUUAAGUAUACAGUGCUGGAGAAACCAAAGCACGGUGUACUGUUGAAACUUGGAAGAGAAACGAACGUAUUUACCGAAGAAAAUCUUCGUUAUGGUGUAGUGUUGUACAGGCACCUUGGAGGAUCUAUGGCAAAAGACGAGUUCAAGUUCAGAGUGUCGACGAAAGGAGCGGAGACGCAAGGGGUGUUCCCAAUUAAAAUCUAUCCUGAGAGUUAUUGGCAACAACUGAUCAUCCAAAAUAAUAAAACGGUAUUCGUAGAAGAAGCUACCAGUAUUCUACUAAGCAGGAAGAGCCUCGAAAUCAUGCAUCCCAAAAUACCGGACACUGAAAUAGUAUAUUUCCUGAAGAAGUGGCCGCAAAACGGAUAUCUGGAAUUACAAGUCCACGAUGAGCACAGCGACGAGACUCGGGAGGAUUACAUCGGUAACGCCAUAAAGUCCUUCGAUCAACAUAUGAUAAACGAGGGCCGCGUGUUUUACAUGCAAACGGUGAUGAACCAGACAAACGACAAAUUCGUCGUCGACGUAACGAACGGUAUAACGUGGCUACGCGAUUUGAGCGUGAACUUUGUGAUCAUCCCGGAGAAGUUAUACGUCGAGGCAAAGGGACUGUUUGUGAUCGAAGGGAAAAGUACUGUUUUAGAUGAAACGAACUUUUCCAUUCUGACUCCUUAUUAUUCUGGCAAGGUGACAGACUAUCGAAUCGUUGAAAAACCGAAUCAUGGUGCUAUUGUCGAGUCGACGAAAAAUUCUCAGGUGAAAAAGUUCUCGCAGAAACACUUGUCCGGUGGUAUAAUAAUGUAUAAACACAACGGCGACGAGUCUUCGAAGGACUCCUUCAAAAUGGUUCUUAUUGCCGGAGAUAAAACAAGCGAACCGUUCGACGUUUGGGUCACAGUGCAACCAGUUAACGACGAAGUGCCCGAUCUCAUUAACAGGACUAAGUUGAGCGUUUGGCAAGGUGGCUCAGUUACGUUGACGUCCGACAUUUUGGCUGCUGUCGAUAACGAUACCACGGCACAUGAUCUGACGUUCAAUAUCACCGGAGUUAGGAACGGACUGAUCUCUUUUAAAUCUUCCCCAGAAAAAGAUAUUUAUAGUUUUACGCAAGAACAAAUCGACCAAUCGCAAGUAAUUUUUACGCAUACGAACGGAUCCGACGCUGAGUUUAAUUUCGUACUGUUUGAUGGAGUACACACGACAGAAUCAUACACGAUUCUUGUAACUACAAAACCAGUCCGAUUGAACAUGCAACAAAACAUCGCGUUGAACGUUUUUCCCUUAACCAGGAAGAUGAUUUCCAGCAAAUUGCUUUUAACGAGUUGCUCGGACGAAAGUAGGGACAUAAAGUAUACGGUGCGAAAUGGACCGCAUCUUGGGAAGAUCAUUAUGGAGACGAGCGAGGGCGCAUGGUUAAACGUCGAGAGAUUCACGCAAAAGGAUAUCAAUAAUAGUAAAGUGUUUUACGAGCACACCAAGCAAUUUAUGGACCUAACUGCCAAUGAUUCGUUUACGUUCGACGUGGAAGCCCAUUUCACGGAAUCCUUAUCCAAUCAGGUAUUUCAAAUAAACAUUUCUGUCUCGAGCGGAGGAUUGGACAGAUACAUUAUCGUGAAGAAUGUAAGAGUCGAGGAGGGUGGCUCGGCGCCAGUGAUCAUGAACAUAAGCGGAAUCGUGUCGUUCUUGCAAACUCAUGCAGGAAUCAGAAAUCUGGCAGUCCUCUCUAGACUGGUUAACCAACCUAGUCACGGACACGUGAUGAUCUUUCCGGAUUUAAACGUCACCACCUUCUCUCAACCCCAGAUCGAGGGUGGACAAAUUGCCUAUUACCACGAUCACUCGGACACUUUGGAAGACCACAUAAAUUUCUCUCUUUACCUGAUACCUGGUAACAUUCUUUUAUGUAACACCAGCAUCCCGGUGAUAAUACAACCCGUGAACGACGAACCGUUCAAAUUGAUUACGAACGAACCGUCCAUCACGGUGGUUCAGAAUCAAAAUCAAACGAUAACCAGGGAGACCUUACUGACGAUUGACCCGGACACUCCGCCGGAAGAAAUCGUGUACGACUUAAUAAGCGGUCCGACUUAUGGUCGUUUGUUGCUGCUACCGUUCAAUGAAAACAACUCGGAGAUUCACCAGGUGAACAAAUUCACCCAACACGAUGUGGAUUCCAAUCGACUGGUAUACGAACACAACGGUCCACUUCAAGCGGCUUCUUUCUACUUUAGAGUAUGGGACGGACUCUUCAAUCCUAAGUACACAGUGUUCAAUGUGUACGUUUUACCUAUUAGACUAAAUGUGACAGUAUUAGGUCCAGUGAACUUGCAACAAGGUUCCAACGUUGCUGUUAUUUCUGAGAGUAACAUGGUACUCGAUACUAAUGCUCGACAAGACUUGGUCACUUACGAAAUAACGACUACACCGAAGUACGGGGUAUUGUAUGUGCGGGAUGGAGCAGCAGCUAGUUUCAAACAAACUGAUCUGUUGUCGAAAAGCGUAAUGUUUAUGCAAACAGAUAUGACUGUGUCAAACGACAGCUUCGAGUUGACUGCGAAAUUAAGCGGAUUCGAACAGAAACAUAUAAGAAUAGAUAUCAGAGUGGUGCCUCUGAUGAUCAUGAACCCAAUGAUCGCAAUAGCAGGGGAGAAAACCCGGAUAACAUUGCAGUAUUUGGACGCUACACCGUUAGCCAAACUAACGAGUAGCAAUCCCACGUACACGAUUACGAAGAAAUCAAAAUUCGGUAAAAUUAAAAGGAUUAUCAGGAGUUCUUUUUCGUCCGGUGAGAAACGAGGAACCAGAGAGAAGGAAGUGAAUAAAUUUUCUCACUAUGAAGUGAUGUCAGGCGUGAUUUACAUGGUUUGCAAAAAAAUACCGACGUUGGAGUACGAGGGAGUGAUCGAUAACUUCACGUUCGUCUUAGCGGCCUCUAUAUUUCAACCAGCCGUGGGUGAAUUCGAGUUCCGCGUGAAACUCGACAUGGACGAGUACAAUAUUACCCUAGGUGGUCCUAUGGACCCAGUGGGUCACGAAGGCGAAAUGGCUAUCGCGCCGAACAUGAGUAAUGAUUAUUUAUUAAUCUUGGGAAUGCUACUCGGUGUAUUCUUGCUGGGUGUGGUCGUCAUCAUUACCAUCAGAUGUAGACAAAACAGAUACAAACACGCCGAGGAAGAAAAGCCAGAAUCUACCCCGGCGGUAGGGGUAAUGCCGUUGCCGCGACCUCCGGACCAUUUAAUGCCCGCGACGCCCCACGUGAAACGUUACGCCAACGAUCACAAUAGCGUGGCAACCAGCACACCUUUGCCAGUCCUACCGACGAUGACGUCCACAUUACCCCAAUGUAAAGUGAUACCCCUGAGUCCCUUGGAGAAUAUCACGGGCUCGGAAGUUGAUGUAUCGGUGAAAUAUCCGUACGGAUUUCCGGACGGGGACGAAUGGAACAAUUUCGACACGUCCGAUUUGCCUUGUCAAUCGGCCACCACACAGAGGACCAACAACCCUUUGCUUAGGAGGAACCAGUAUUGGGUCUAGCAGAAGGACGGCUGUUCGCGAUUAAAGCAGAACAGGCCGUAACAUUUUCUCAUACUUGAAGACUGUUUUUUGUUACGAAAUACAUACUUUGAGACUAAUCGUCGAUUAACUAUGGUCUUAAUGUGCCUAAAGAAAAAAAUAGUAACUCUGCGACGUGAAAUGUCAACGGUACAGCCACGAUUUUAUAUCUAAACUUUGACGGAAACUUUUUUUCCUGACACGAUAUCGUAUGACCGAAAUCCGAAUAAAGAGACGUACAAAUGAACAUUAUACACGUUAAAUGUUUCGUUCUAUAUUAAAAUUAUUGUAUGUUAUCGCGCCAACGAGCCAGGCAUCAGAGUUUCCAUCAACUUUUGUCUUCUCUUUUUUAAUUAUAAUAACGAUGGUAUAAAUAUAUCUUGUAUUCGUACUAGUAAAUGGUUACAUUUUCGCAUGGUCUGUGCGUGAGAAUGUUUAUCGUGCUAGUAUAAUAAUAAAUUUCCGGGAGAACUACGUAAACUCUCGUUAAGUGUAAAAAUAAUUACAAGCCCGAGACUAUCGUUGCUAUUACGGAUCGAAUGUGCCUAAAAUAUUAUCAAGUCUUUUAAGAAAUAUUACUCACCAGGCCUGCACCCUGUCGAUUUCACUGUCUUUCUUCUUGGUGGAAUAUCGAAUUCGACAUGAACCUUCGUUGAUUCGGUCAGAAUCAUCUUUGAAGCUUCGCACUAUUGAAUUCAAAUCACAGGAAAGCAUUUCUAUUUUGAAGCUUCACGAUAUGAAACAAUCGUCUCAUUAAGGACAUUUAUUGUAAGAUGAAAAGACCGAGGUUUAACAUCACGAAUACCAAACUUGCAAUUUCCGAAAGCACAUAAUACCGCUAUCACACGCGAACUAUCGUGCGUCUAAUUACACGUAAACUUUUGUAAAGAAAAACUAUAUGGACUGCGUAUCUCAGAUUUAUACAUAUUUACAAGAAGAACAUAUAGAGAUUACUUCACAAGUUUUCUAGACGCGAAAGUAAAACGUAUAGGUAACGCACGCAGUAAAACCGCAGGAAUACUCGAGUUUUCGCACAUAUCUUUUUACACGAAUCCCGCGUAUUUUUACAGGCUCGAAUUGGCCAGCUUCAGAAAUUUCUCGUCGCAUCACGUGAGGUCGCUUCUAUUACUUCCGGCAGCCUAUAUAUCUAACCAUUUGAAUGAAUAUUUCACGCAUAAUAAGGAAAAAAGAUUUUGUUUCAUUCAUUAUAGCUGCCAAAUCUUUCUCCGAAAGUAACGAACGGUGUUACUGAGGAUCAACAAUGUGCUUUAUUUGUCAAGUCUAGUCGAUUGCAUCCGUAGAUCGAACACAUAAAAUUUCUUUACUCGAAUGCUCAUUCGACUCGUUAGAAAAUUGAACUGGUAAUUGACUUUUGUAACAGCUACGACAAAUUUUGUUAUUUUAUACUGUUCACGAAUUGUCGAUCGGCGUAUGGAAAAUGCAACAACGGUGCGCUCAUUUUCUUCAGUAUUAUAAUGCAUUAGUAAAUCAAUCGAUUGAUCGAUCGAUAUUCGACGUAUUUCCAUUUGCGUACAUCGUCGAAUCGACAAAUAUUUAAAUGUUACGUCUUUUAGGCUGCGCAGAUUCACAGUGACCUUAACUGUACAAUUCCUUUAAAAUGAAAACUUUAGAAAUGUGUAAUUAAGAAAACGCUCUAACGUUGAUGUUAAUAUAGUAAUAACGAUAAUAAUAACGAUAAUUAUAUUAUUAUAUUAUAUAAAUAUACGAAAUAUAUACACUCCUACGUAUAUAUGUAUACAUAGAGAGAAAACACUUUCAUGAAUUCGCAGCAUAUGUAUUUAAUUGUAAUAGUUCUGAUCGUGUGGCAAGAAGAGACAUUUUUAAGAAAUGAGAUACGUGUGUUGAUUAAUGAGUAUAUGCUAGAAAUGAAACAGUUAGGCUUUUUUACAUCCCCAAAGUGAAUACCGUUCCGAGUGCCAAACUUCUAUAUUGUGUAAUAUAUAGAACACAUAGGACUGUAUUUUCCCUGCCGACUGAAUACUCUUGUAAUUCAAAUAAACUGAAUGUGCGAUAUUAUAUAAA